UAUAUAUAUAUAUAUAUAUAUAUAACAACUGUUUACAUGUCUGUGUUAAUGGAAGUCUCUCUGUCUGCAUUACAGCGUAUCAUUUAUCAUAUAUAAUUAUCAUAUUACCUGUAUCAGUUGGGUAUUAAAUGUCUAAUAAAUAACACAAGAAUGGUAGCAUAAAGCAGACAUGGUUGAUCACUGGUGGCUCCCUUCGUGGUUCUGACAUGGUCAAAUGCCUCGUUCAUCUUUAGGAAGAGGAGAUGACGACAUCAUGUCCUUAGCAACGGUCGCAUCUCUACGGCAACAUCCUCCGGUGUCCCCUCUCAGCUGCUGUCAGUGAGACACAGAGAAAAUCACCGGAUUCGCUCGGGUGAACUGAUGAUUUUGGAGGAUGGUGUGUUGUCAUGGGUGGAGUGCGAGCGCCCACCGCAGCAGACGUUUGUGUCUCGCGACUUGAGCCCCUAAAGUUGGAGUGGACAAGAGGCAACUUGGACAGGAGGACCGUCUUCUCCUCAUCAUCACUGAUCAUCCUGCAGAAGACGGUGAGCCCGCGCAGUCUGCAACCUGGUGCUGUUCACUCCCAUCUGGAGCGUUUUCACUCGCGCCACCCGGCUCUCGUUAAGCGGCGCGUGCGGCUGAAUGGAUCCUGCCCUGCUCAUCUUUCUGCUGUACGUGAUGAUCGCGCACGAGCUGGUCUGCGGCUGGAUGCAAUACCGCAGACAGAGCGCCAAGCCUCGCAAACACGCUGCUGGACCUCUGCUGCGCUCAAGUGCCCGGGUGUGUCAGGGUGCCUGGAGGGCAAACAGUCAGCUGGUCAGGACCGACAGAGGAGGGAGGGACCUGAGGAAGAGCGGACGCAUCGUGAGAAAAGCCUGAUGAAGGGAGAAGCCAGAUGUGGAUGGACUUGUAAAAAAAAAGACUUUGACCUAAUUCCCAAAUGGCUUCUGAGUGUGAACUUAUUGUCUGCAGGCCUGAUCCAAUUCACCUCGCUCUUUGUUUUAAUUGCAUAUUUGGGCAUUUGAUCCAUUUAUUACUGUGGUUAUUUCUGUAACAUGUGAACCAUGUAAGAUAUAAGCAAAAAGAUUUUAUGGCAUAAAUCAAGAUCCAGGUGGACAAACUGCUGAGAGAAUACAAGGAUUUUUAAAAAGACCAAAACAUGCAGCAUUUUUAUGUACAAGUGUCAGGCGUUGUGUGUGAGUCUAGGUGGUCAUCAUGACCGACUUUGAUCAGAUCAGUAUCUGAAACUCUUAUCAUGUUUACACUUGAGCUGCACCUUUCCCAAAUGUUUUUCCAGUGGCAUUUUUUCAGUUUUUUUCCCCCAAAUGUCACAGUUCUUUUAGAGCUAGGAGCAUCAGCACCAUGUGAUCACCCCAUUCCCAGUUUGUUUUACAAUCAGGGACCUUUGACCUCUUUCACAUACUUCUCUCUGUCGCCCAGUCCGGUCAACUAUCAAGUAAAGAGGCUGCUGAAAGAGCCAGAAUCCAUUUGUGCCAACCCUACUCCUACUUCGCAUUAAUGGUCAUUAUAAAUAUUAAAUUGCUCCUAGAAACCGCCGAUGGGAUGGAUACACCAGUCAUUACUGAUUGGUGAGCAGGAAAUAACCCACAGUCCUAAACAAAGACCA